UGUGCCAUGUGCUUCGUGGGUGCCAUGUGCUUCGAGCGUGCCAUGUGCUUCGAGUGUGCCAUGUGCUUCGAGUGUGCCAUGUGCGCCAUGUGUUUCGAGUGUGCCAUGUGUGCCAUGUGUUUCGAGUGGUGCCAUGUGUUUCGAGUGUGCCAUGUGCUUCGUGUGUGCCAUGUGUUUCGAGUGUGCCAUGUGUUUCGAGUGUGCCAUGUGCUUCGAGUGUGCCAUGUGCUUCGAGCGUGCCAUGUGCUUCGAGCGUGCCAUGUGCUUCGAGCGUGCCAUGUGCUUCGAGCGUGCCAUGUGCUUCGAGCGUGCCAUGUGCUUCGAGCGUGCCAUGUGCUUCGAGCGUGCAAUGUGCUUCGAGCGUGCCAUGUGCUUCGAGCGUGCCAUGUGCUUCGAGUGUGCCAUGUGCUUCGAGUAUGCCAUGUGCUUCGAGUGUGCCAUGUGCGCCAUGUGUUUCGAGUGUGCCGUGUGCUUCGAGUGUGCCAUGUGCUUCGCGGGUGCCAUGUGCGCCAUGUGUUUCGAGUGUGCCAUGUGCGCCAUGUGUUUCGAGUGUGCCAUGUGUUUCGAGUGUGCCAUGUGCUUCAGGUGUGCCAUGUGCUUCAACUGUGCCCUGUGCUUCGAGUGUGCCAUGUGCUUCAGGUGUGCCAUGUGCUUCAACUGUGCCCUGUGCUUCGAGUGUGCCAUGUGCUUCGAGGGUGCCAUGUGCUUCGAGCGUGCCAUGUGCGUCGAGCGUGCCAUGUGCUUCGAGCGUGCCAUGUGCUUCGAGCGUGCCAUGUGCUUCGAGCGUGCCAUGUGCUUCGAGUGUGCCAUGUGCUUCGAGUGUGCCAUGUGCUUCGAGCGUGCCUUGUGCUUCGAGCGUGCCAUGUGCUUCGAGCAUGCCAUGUGCUUCUAGUGUGCCAUGUGCUUCGAGUGUGGUAUGUGUUUCGAGUGUGCCAUGUGCUUCGAGUGUGCCAUGUGCUUAGCGGGUGCCAUGUGCUUCUAGCGUGCCAUGUGCUUCGAGUGUGCCAUGUGCGCCAUGUGUUUCGAGCGCGCCAUGUGCUUCGAGUGUGCCAUGUGCUUCGAGUGUGCCAUGUGCUUCGAGUGUGCCAUGUGCUUCGAGUGUGCCAUGUGCUUCGAGUGUGCCAUGUGCUUCGAGCGUGCCAUGUGCUCCGAGCGUGCCAUAUGCUUCGAGCGUGCCAUGUGCUUGGAGCGUGCCAUGUGCUUCCAGCGUGCAUGUGCUUCGAGCGUGCCAUGUGCUUCAAGCGUGCCAUGUGCUUCGAGUGUGCCAUGUGCUUCGAGUUUGCCUUGUGCUACGAGUGUGCCAUGUGCUUAGCGGGUGCCAUUUGCUUCGAGCGUGCCAUGUGCUUCAAGCGUGCCGUGUGCUUCGAGUGUGCCAUGUGCUUCGAGUGUGCCAUGUGCGCCAUGUGUUUCGAGUGUGCCAUGUGCGCCAUGUGUUUCGAGUGUGCCAUGUGCUUCGAGUGUGCCAUGUGCUUCGAGUGUGCCAUGUGCUUCGAGUGUGCCAUGUGCUUCGAGGGUGCCAUGUGCUUCGAGCAUGCCAUGUGCUUCGAGCGUGCCAUGUGCAUCGAGUGUGCCAUGUGCUUCGAGCGUGCCAUGUGCUUCGAGCGUGCCAUGUGCUUCGAGCGUGCCAUGUGCUUCGAGUGUGCCAUGUGCUUCGAGUAUGCCAUGUGCUUCGAGUGUGCCGAGUGCGCCAUGUGUUUCGAGUGUGCCAUGUGCUUCGAGUGUGCCAUGUGCUUCGUGGGUGCCAUGUGCUUCGAGCGUGCCAUGUGCUUCGAGUGUGCCAUGUGCUUCGAGUGUGCCAUGUGCGCCAUGUGUUUCGAGUGUGCCAUGUGUGCCAUGUGUUUCGAGUGUGCCAUGUGUUUCGAGUGUGCCAUGUGCUUCGUGUGUGCCAUGUGUUUCGAGUGUGCCAUGUGUUUCGAGUGUGCCAUGUGCUUCGAGUGUGCCAUGUGCUUCGAGCGUGCCAUGUGCUUCGAGCGUGCCAUGUGCUUCGAGCGUGCCAUGUGCUUCGAGCGUGCCAUGUGCUUCGAGCGUGCCAUGUGCUUCGAGCGUGCCAUGUGCUUCGAGCGUGCCAUGUGCUUCGAGCGUGCCAUGUGCUUCGAGUGUGCCAUGUGCUUCGAGUGUGCCAUGUGCUUCGAGUAUGCCAUGUGCUUCGAGUGUGCCAUGUGCGCCAUGUGUUUCGAGUGUGCCGUGUGCUUCGAGUGUGCCAUGUGCUUCGCGGGUGCCAUGUGCGCCAUGUGUUUCGAGUGUGCCUUGUGUUUCGAGUGUGCCAUGUGGUUCGAGUGUGCCAUGUGCUUCGAGUGUGCCAUGUGUUUCGAGUGUGCCAUGUGCUUCGAGGGUGCCAUGUGCUUCGAGGGUGCCAUGUGCUUUGAGUGUGCCAUGUGCUUCGAGUGUGCCAUGUGCUUCGAGUGUGCCAUGUGCGCCAUGUGUUUCGAGUGUGCCGUGUGCUUCGAGUGUGCCAUGUGCUUCGCGGGUGCCAUGUGCGCCAUGUGUUUCGAGUGUGCCUUGUGUUUCGAGUGUGCCAUGUGGUUCGAGUGUGCCAUGUGCUUCGAGUGUGCCAUGUGUUUCGAGUGUGCCAUGUGCUUCGAGGGUGCCAUGUGCUUCGAGGGUGCCAUGUGCUUUGAGUGUGCCAUGUGCUUCGAGUGUGCCAUGUGCUUCGAGUGUGCCAUGUGCUUCAAGUGUGCCAUGUGCUUCGAGUGUGCCAUGUGCUUCGAGCGUGCCAUGUGCUUCGAGCGUGCCAUGUGCUUCGAGCGUGCCAUGUGCUUCGAGUGUGCCAUGUGCUUCGAGUAUGCCAUGUGCUUCGAGUGUGCCAUGUGCGCCAUGUGUUUCGAGUGUGCCGUGUGCUUCGAGUGUGCCAUGUGCUUCGCGGGUGCCAUGUGCGCCAUGUGUUUCGAGUGUGCCAUGUGCGCCAUGUGUUUUGAGUGUGCCAUGUGUUUCGAGUGUGCCAUGUGCUUCGAGUGUGCCAUGUGCUUCAGGUGUGCCAUGUGCUUCAACUGUGCCCUGUGCUUCGAGUGUGCCAUGUGCUUCGAGGGUGCCAUGUGCUUCGAGCGUGCCAUGUGCGUCGAGCGUGCCAUGUGCUUCGAGCGUGCCAUGUGCUUCGAGCGUGGCAUGUGCUUCGAGCGUGCCAUGUGCUUCGAGUGUGCCAUGUGCUUCGAGUGUGCCAUGUGCUUCGAGCGUGCCUUGUGCUUCGAGCGUGCCAUGUGCUUCGAGCGUGCCAUGUGCUUCUAGUGUGCCAUGUGCUUCGAGUGUGGUAUGUGUUUCGAGUGUGCCAUGUGCUUCGAGUGUGCCAUGUGCUUAGCGGGUGCCAUGUGCUUCUAGCGUGCCAUGUGCUUCGAGUGUGCCAUGUGCGCCAUGUGUUUCGAGCGCGCCAUGUGCUUCGAGUGUGCCAUGUGCUUCGAGUGUGCCAUGUGCUUCGAGUGUGCCAUGUGCUUCGAGUGUGCCAUGUGCUUCGAGUGUGCCAUGUGCUUCGAGCGUGCCAUGUGCUCCGAGCGUGCCAUGUGCUCCGAGCGUGCCAUAUGCUU